AUGGUGCGCAUACAGUUCGAUGGGGAAGGAGAGACUAGUGGCAAGAGUAAUGUCUCUAAACCAGUGAAAAGAAUGCGAUGGGCUUCACAACAUAUCACGGGCCAGAGCGCACUGAGGAAGCGCAUGUCGGUCAUCAAACGACUUCAGAAACGAUCUGCGUCUGCGGAAGAAAGAGAACAUAAUGAAGAGUCAUCGCCAAGUGCAUCCGAUCCAGAAGUCGGUGCUGAGUCCAAAUCGCAACCACGGAUCGUCUACAUUAACUUACCUCCCCCGGAAGAUGCCAGAGAUGAGAACGGGCAUGUGAAAAACCACUUUGGGCGUAACAAGAUCCGCACUUCGAAGUAUACUCCAUUGAGUUUUAUCCCAAAGAAUCUGUGGUUUCAAUUUCACAAUAUUGCAAAUGUUUACUUCCUGUUCAUCAUCAUACUGGGCAUCUUUUCAAUUUUCGGCGCUUCCAAUCCGGGUCUUGCCGCAGUGCCUCUGAUUUUUAUCCUGUUCGUUACAGGAAUUAAAGAUGCUGUGGAGGAUUGGCGGAGGACGGUCUUGGACGAUGAACUUAAUAAUUCCCCAAUACACCGUCUGGUUGACUGGGAGAACGUCAAUUCUUCCGAAGAUAACGUUAGUGCGUGGCGACGGGUUAAGAAAUCUUCCACGAAACUUAUCACCUUUUGCUACAGAACGAUGAAGAACUUACACAAGCGCAAAUUCAAGAAGGAGCGUGGACCAGACAUGUCAGAACUUGAUGGCCAUCGCUUGUCGACUAAUACAAGGCCGUCUAUAAGGACCUCAAUAUAUUCAGAUAGAACGUCGUUCCAUUCCACUCGAUCGCACCAACACUGCAGCGACAUUCCUCUGACACCAGUGUCUUCCCCAGGUGCGGCCUCUGCUGUUCAUUCUCAGAUGCACUUGUCCCCUGGCUUUCGACCUGGCACAGCAUUUUCUUUUGAGAACCAUGGCGAACAUGGCAUUCUGGAUGCUGAUCCUCAGGCGGCUAACGCUCCCUCAAAUUUACGUACGCACGAACCAACCCCUGUAAAGCGUCGAUCCGAUUUUGGACCAGUAAAAGACUAUGGAAGCAUUUUGAACACUUCCAAGGCUACACCAGAGAAGGCUCGUUUCAAACGAGACUAUUGGAAGAAUGUUCAGGUUGGAGACUUCGUACGCAUCUACAACGAAGAACAAAUCCCUGCCGAUGUGGUGAUACUUUCCACCUCAGACCCCGACGGUGCCUGUUACGUCGAGACGAAAAACCUCGACGGUGAGACGAACUUGAAGGUUCGUCAAGCUUUGCGUGCCGGUAGAAAGGUUAAACACGCUCGCGAUUGUGAGAAAGCAGAAUUUGUCAUUGACAGUGAAGGCCCGCACCCAAACCUCUACCAGUACAGCGGGGUUGUGAGGUGGAAGCAGAGCAUCUCGAACACGGGUGAUGCAAAUAUGACAGAGAUGGCCGAGCCAAUCGGAAUUGGCAAUCUGCUUUUGCGAGGGUGCAGCCUGAAAAACACAGAAUGGGUCCUCGGCGUGGUCGUUUUCACAGGUCGUGAGACCAAGAUCAUGCUCAACUCGGGUAUCGCACCCAGUAAACGAGCUCGGAUAGCCAAGGACCUCAAUUGGAAUGUCGUCUACAAUUUCAUCAUUCUCUUCUUCAUGUGCCUCGUAUGCGGCAUCGUUCAAGGUGUUACUUGGGCACAAGGUAAUAAGUCGCUUAAUUUCUUCGAAUUUGGCUCCAUCGGUGGGAACCCGCCCCUUGACGGGCUAAUUACCUUCUGGUCUGCUGUCAUCCUUUUUCAGAACUUGGUUCCCAUUUCACUAUACAUUUCGCUUGAAAUUAUUCGGUCGUGGCAAGCUUUCUUCAUCUACAGCGAUACUUUCAUGUACUAUGAAAAACUCGACUAUCCAUGCACGCCAAAAUCGUGGAACAUAUCUGAUGAUCUAGGUCAGAUCGAGUACAUUUUCUCCGAUAAGACUGGAACCUUGACGCAAAAUGUGAUGGAGUUCAAGAAAUGUACCAUCAAUGGUGUUGCCUACGGAGAAGCAUACACAGAAGCACAGGCAGGGAUCCAAAAGCGACAGGGUAUCAAUGUUGAUGAGCAUAGUGCCAGGAUUCACCAAGAAAUUGCAAGGGAUCGGGUGCGAAUGCUGGCUGAUCUUCGCAAGAUCCACCACAACCCUUAUCUACGCGACGAGGAUCUCACAUUUGUAGCUCCUCUCUUUGUGGCAGACUUGAUCGGUCAACACGGCGAAGAACAGAAGCGAGCGAACGAGCAUUUCAUGAUUGCGCUUGCGCUUUGCCACACUGUUAUUACUGAAAGGACGGCAGGUGACCCACCCAAGGUAGAAUUCAAGGCUCAGUCUCCAGACGAAGCAGCGCUGGUUGCGACUGCUCGAGACUGUGGCUUCACAGUCUUGGGUCGUUCUGACGACGAUAUACAUCUCAACAUCAUGGGUGAGGACCGCACCUACAGGGUCCUCAACACGCUAGAAUUUAACUCAACCCGAAAACGCAUGAGUGCCAUAGUAAGAAUGCCGGAUGGUCGGAUCAAGCUGUUUUGCAAAGGGGCAGACAGCAUGAUCUACUCAAGAUUGGUAAAAGGCUUGCAGCAACCACUGCGUAAAGCUACAGCGGAGCAUCUGGAAACAUUCGCCCGAGAGGGUUUACGCACACUUUGUAUUGCCGAGCGAGAUCUCACUGAUGACGAGUACUACGCUUGGAGUCGGGACCACGAUAUUGCCGCGUAUGCAAUUGAGGACCGUGACGGUAAGCUUGAAGAAGUGUCAGAUCGCAUCGAGCGAGAUUUGAUGCUUCUAGGUGGUACUGCUAUCGAGGACAGACUGCAAGAUGGCGUCCCAGACACGAUAGCUCUACUAGGAGAUGCGGGAAUCAAGCUUUGGGUCCUGACUGGUGACAAGGUCGAGACCGCCAUUAAUAUCGGCUUCUCCUGCAAUCUCCUCUCCAAUGAGAUGGAUCUUAUUGUCUUCAAUGUUGAGGAGGGCCAUCAGGAUAUCGCUUCAGAUUUGUUGGACCGACACUUGCAAGAUUUUGGUCUAACAGGCUCAGACGAGGAGCUUGCUGCUGCACGGCUUAAUCACGAGCCGCCUCCUCCAACGCACGCAAUCGUCAUUGACGGCGAAUCAUUAAAGCUGGUUCUUCACGACGACCUUCGACAACGAUUUUUACUGCUUUGCAAGCAGUGCAAAUCCGUUCUGUGCUGCAGAGUCAGCCCUUAUCAAAAGGCCGCCGUCGUACAACUCGUCAAAAAUGGACUUGAUGUCAUGGCUUUGUCUGUUGGUGACGGGGCAAAUGACGUGGCGAUGAUACAGGAAGCAGAUGUUGGGGUGGGUAUCGCUGGUGAAGAAGGCCGACAAGCUGUGAUGUCCUCAGACUACGCCAUUGGCCAAUUUAGAUUCCUGCAAAGGUUGGUACUGGUGCAUGGACGAUGGUCCUAUAGAAGGCUUGCCGAGACUGUCGCCAAUUUCUUCUACAAGAACAUUGUAUGGACCCUCGCCCUGUUCUGGUACCAAAUCUACACCAAUUUCGACAUCACAUAUUUCUUCGAGUACACCUAUGUCCUCCUAGCCAAUGUUGUAUUCACCUCACUCCCCGUUAUUUUGAUGGGUAUACUGGACCAAGAUGUGAGCGACAAGGUGUCACUCGCUGUUCCGCAGUUGUACAGACGGGGCAUGGAGCGCAAGGAAUGGACCCAAACCAAAUUCUGGGUCUAUAUGAUUGACGGUGUGUAUCAGUCCGUCAUUUGCUUUUUCAUGGGAUACCUUCUUUUCGCCCCAGCCGUUUUUGUGACAGAAAGUGGUCGUGUUGUUGACGAUACCUCUCGCAUGGGCGUCUACGUUGCCUGUGCCACGAUUGCAGUCGUCAACAUUUACGUCCUUCUCAACACUUACCGCUGGGAUUGGUUAACGCUGUUGAUCGUGGCACUUAGUACUCUCCUGAUUUGGUUCUGGACCGGCGUCUUUUCCUCAUUCCCAGAUUCUUUCAGGUUCUACGAGGCGGCAAGGGAUGUGUACGGCACGUUGACGUUCUGGACGCUAACACUCCUCAUCAUCAUCAUCUGUCUUCUGCCUCGCUUCUCUGCAAAAUUUAUACAGAAGAACUUCUUCCCUCGCGACAUUGACAUCAUACGCGAGCAAAUAAGGCUCGGCACUUUCAAUUACCUGGAUGAGCCUAAACCUGCUGCAGGCAAAUCUGGGGACACUUCCACAACGUCAUCAGAGCUGGCUAAGCCGUCCAAAGUGAACGGAAAGGGUCCUGUAAGCAUCACCGACUCGGAGCGGCCUUUAUACCCACCCUCUGAAACUACAGCAAAGACACGCAAUCCGAGAAGCCAAAAUAGUAGCGACGGCACGGACAGGACGAAAACUUCUCUUGAUUUGGCCCCGCCAACACGUGAUCUCCCGUCGUCAAAGCCGGUACGCUCCUCUUACGAACGAGCGCGGCAAUCAAUGGACCGGCUGAGACCCAGUUUCGAAGGUAGCCGAGAUUUCACCUCAGCCGCGCUCCUCACCCGCGUUGAGUCCAGCCAUUCUCAGCCGCACAGUCCCUAUCCUAUUACACCUUCAACCAGUCGAAUACGAGACAUCACUUCAGAGCUUCAAUGA